UAUUGACGCACAAAUGUGACGAGCCGCUCCGCCGAGCCUGCGAUUCGAUUCAAAAGCAAAGAUCGCCGUAGCUGAUCGGGCGAUGCUUGCAGGACAACACUUUUGCGACAAGGCAAUUUCAUAGUUAACGUUUGAUAGCUACGUGUAGUUGGACAACAAGCUCGGUUACUCAACGUUACAUUCUGCAAAAGUACACAGAACGGACUGCCCAAUCCAUGACCCAUUCUUAUGUUGUCGACAUCAGUGAAGAUACUUCCCAGGCACUACAGAAUACGGAUUUUUGCUAAUAUUUCAAGAUGAAUGAAACCGAUGGAGUCAGGUUAAGAAGAUUAAAUAGACCUCAGAUCAUAACAGACGAGUCUCAAGAACCCCAUUACAAGGGCACAAGCACCUACAGUGGGAAGAUUUUCCGAGUGACACUGCUGACAUUGGGGUCCUUGCUACUGUUUCCUUUGCUUGGUGUCAUACUGCUCUUGGAGUCUCCUAUCCAGCCCGAUGUUGUUAGCCUCAGCGAGCCACCGUUGAUGACAGACUGCUUUGAGCCCAACUUUAAGCUGAGGCAGGCAGAGAGACUGUUUGAAGAUCAGAUUGUAGGGCCUGAAUCUAUUGCAAACGUUGGAGACGUGCUUUACGCAGGCACAGCCGAUGGGAAGAUUGUGAAGAUUGAAGGCAAGAGUGUUCAUGUUGUGGCAACACUCGGACAGCCACCCUGUGGGUCCAGAGAUGAUGAGCCCACCUGCGGUCGACCCCUCGGGAUUCGGGUGGGGCCCAACGGCACACUCUUUGUAGCAGAUGCAUACCUGGGGCUGUUUGAGGUCAACCCAGUCACAGGGGAAGCAGAAAACCUGGUGUCGACCAGGCAGAUGGUGGGUGGGCGAAGGCUGUCCUUUGUGAACGACCUGGACGUGACACAAGACGGAAGGAAAGUGUACUUCACAGACUCCAGCAGCAGGUGGCAGCGCAGGGACUACCUCCACCUAAUUAUGGAGGCCACGGCUGAUGGACGUGUCCUGGAGUACGACACCAUGACCAGGGAGGUCUCUGUGCUGAUGGACGGCCUGCGCUUUGCCAAUGGGAUUCAGCUGUUUCCCGACGAGGAGUCCGUGCUGGUGGCAGAGACCACCAUGGCGAGGAUACGCAGGGUUCACGUGUCGGGGCUCAACAAGGGGGGCAUGGACACGUUUGUGGACAACCUGCCCGGUUUCCCUGACAACAUCCGCCGCAGCAGCUCGGGGGGGUACUGGGUGGCCAUGUCGGCCGUGCGGCCCAACCCCGGGUUCUCCAUGCUGGACUUCCUGUCCCAGAAGCCCUGGAUCAAGAAGCUCAUCUUCAAGCUCUUCAGCGCGGAGAUGGUGAUGAAGUUUGUGCCGCGGUACAGCCUGGUUCUGGAGCUCCGGGAGAACGGGUCCUGCAGGCGGAGCUUCCACGACCCGCACGGGACGGUGGCGGCCUACGUCAGCGAGGCCCACGAGCACGACGGGCACCUCUUCCUGGGGUCCUUCCGCUCGCCCUACCUGUGUAAGCUGGACCUGAGCCAGGUGUGACCCCCCCGCUCCGUCAUCCUGUCGGACGUAGCCUGUCGCACCGCCCCCCCCCCAAGCAGACAUCGCAGCAGAAUCUGUAGAAUGGCUUCACUGCUAGUUCCCACAUUGCAUUAUUUUGACUUCGUUUUCUUUUUUGACUGGAAGCAGUUGCCUACACAGCGAUUGCAGUGUAGGACCAUGUGAGGGUACUUAACGAACCGUCUGGCUUUAGUACAAAGCUACUGAAUCUAAGUAAUCUAUGUUUUGAAACUUGAAGAUUUGCGGAGAAAGAAAGCAGUCAGCACUUUAUCUUCUCUUCCACGCCAAAUUGGUUUUGUGAUCAAGUUUACAGUUCCCUUUGUGUCCGUGCCCAAAAACCCCCCGGUACUUCCCCCAGUUUGAUCGCAUAGGACUGCAUUUUUCGAAUCAGGUGCCAAAACCCUUUUUUUUGGUGUGCUGUGAAAGCUUUCAGCCUCCACACUUGCAUUUGCACUGAACUGUUAAAUAGCUAUUUUCUAAAAUAGCCAGACCAUAUUUAAUUUUUGAUAUUUUGGAGGAUAAACUUUAAAACAAUUCCUGUGUAAUGCACUUGAUUUGAAGUCAAAUGGUGGCACAAUGAGAUACUGAACUUGGGGUUUAAUCUUCCAGUUAAUCACCAACGUUGCAUUUUCAGCUGUGUAGCCAAUAUUUACAGCUGUACGCUGAUCUAGGCUGGAAACUAUAAUGUGUACUUUUUCAUGCAGCCUUGCUUCCUCAUAGCUGUGUAUGUAUGUAUGUAUGUAUGUGGCUUGGCUUUCUGACUACUGAGAACGCCCUGCAGGGGCGUUCAGCAAAGCUCAGCGGCUCCUGCUUCCAGACCGAAGGGCUGCUCAUGCCAGCCCAGUCUGAGGCUAGGAGCAGCGGCUGCUGCUUCUCCAGUCUUCCUUCUAGUGAGCAGACAAUCUCAAGUCGUGUAGGUACUGCGACAACAAUGUAGAAGUGCUAUUGUUGGGCAAACAAACAAACAAACAAAAACAUGUAGAUUGGUUAGGUUAGGUUAUUCAGAUCGAUAACUGUUUGAAUUAUGUUACCUUCUUUAAAAAUGUUGGUGUCCAUAAUUUUGUAUGUUUUGAGUGUUUAUCUCUUUGUAUGUUUAUUAUUGAUUUGUUUUCUGUAUGCAUUGUCGCUUCCGUUGCAUGGUGAGGACACCAGAUUUUGGUUUUGGGUUCAUUGCAUAUUAAUGCACUUUCUCCUGUCCUGGGGCUCAGUCAGCUUCACAUAUAAUUUCUGCAGGUUCCACAGGAGUUUUUUUUUUUUGGGGGGGGGUUUGUUGCCAAAAUAGUGUUGCUAAGUUGUUAAGAAAUUUAAGAAUUUUGUAUAAAACCGUUCAUGCGCAUGGCAUGUAAAUGAUGUCAGAUUUAAAAUGAACAUACUAACAAGUUAAGUCCAUUGUUCAAUGAAUUUCAAAUGUUAAUAGUGCUUGGAUGAGAAAUUUUACUGGUAAAUCACAAUGUAAAGCACAUUAAAAAUGCCACUUGAUCACAAUAUUACUAAAAUCAUAGUUUAGUGACUGUGAUGGAAAUAAGAGAAUGGGAAAAUAAUUAUUUGGCUCCUGAGAGUUUUUUUUAUUUAUUUAUUUUUGCAUCAAAACUCACGCUUCUGUGUGGCUCUGUUUGCGUAGGCCAGGUGCACAUAGGAUUUAGAUUCAUUGGGAGUAUGUUCUGAAGGCAGCACAAGAUGUGAUUGAUUCUAUCAGGCACCCAAUCAAAAAAUAGUGGAGGUGGCGUGCAUACACAACAUGCCUGGACAACAGCCUCGUAUGCCAAAAUGGCAGCUGUGGCUUCCAGCAGAUCUGGUGUGAUGGGCCCUGAUGCAGGAGACCUGGCUUCAAGGCUUUCUAUUUCCUUUCCUUUUCUCUUUGUUUCCAUCUCUUUUUUAAAAGAAAUUAAAUAACAAUUGAGCUCUUCUCUUUCUUGAUUGGGUGCCUGAUAGAAUCAUAUCUAAUGCCGCCCUCAGAACACAUUCCAAUAGCUAAAACUCCUACAUGCAGGUGAAAAUUGACAGUUUGGGUGAAGGUUUUUGAUUAAGCUAUGAUUAAGGAAUAUUCAUCUCUACAUCUGAUCACCACUUCAUCUCAUUCUCCCUCCCUCUUUCUUCCCACCCGCACUUCCUCUGCCCGCCGUAACCUCCGCUCCCUCUCAGCCUCUUCCUUUGCCACCACUGUCACCGCCUCUCUCCCCCUUCUCGAAUACUUCUCCAAACUCCCCAACUGACCCUGCAUCUGCCACCCUCAUUUCAUCUCUCUCUUCUGCCUUUGACUCUCUCUGUCCCCUCGUCUCAAAGCCACCUCGCACAUCCCCUCCCAGUCCUCGGAUAUCUGACACCCUCCGUACCUCCGGGGCCAGCCUCCGCGCAGCGGAGAGGAGAGGAAGUCGGGAAAUAGUCCCCAGAGUCUUCAUGAAGUAGAAGUAGAACCGAGGUGUGUUGGACAAUAACAAAAGCCGGACACACACCGACCCUUUACGGAUAAGAUUGGACACCCAUGGUGCAGGCACUCGAUAGCAUAGCAGGCUUGAGUCUGGGAGAAACAAUUGGCUUUGUUUAGUGCAAUACUGUCCCUAAUACGAGAGUGCAAAAACUGGAAUCAGGCUUUUCAGUUCUCUGCUCACUUCUUAGUUCUGUAUCCCAAAGUAACCCCAUUCAGAAAUGCACAGAUAAUGUGUUGUAUAAACAUUGGUUUUUUUUCUUCCUGAAGUUGACCACAAUGACAUUCAGAAGAUUCUCUUUUUGUUCAUUUAUUGGUACGCUGUGGAAAUCCCAUGUUGCUACAGAAAAUAACUUGAUUCACAUAUGAAAGUGGGUAUUAAAUGGACUGUUUUCAGUGGUAAAGACUGGAAAUGCACGUCUUGCUGUAAAACUGCAUGCUGGGUCCAAAUGAAGUCAGUUAGUUCUGAAGGAGCAGCAUUAUGAAAACAGUGAUAUUUUAUUGUGCGCAAUAAAACACACGUUUUAACACUGA